GGCCCCGGGCGGCUGAUGAAACCCGCGCUUGAUCCCGCCUUCCCUGCGCGCUUCAUUCACUCCACGCGGGCAGGUGUGAGCCGCACAUCCCGAGCAGGCAGCGGGACACGCGGACGGACGGCGCCCUAACCGUACUCCAUUGGGCCCCCGCGCGCUUACCCUUCCGGCCGAGCGUCCUCCAGUCCCGUUCGUCCCUCGUUCCACCCGCGGUGUGGUCCGCAUCCCAUCGCCCGUCAGCGCCCCGCCCGCCCGGAGCUUGAAGCCCCAUAGGAACCUCCAGAGAAAUCUUGGCUGAGACCCCAGAUCCUCGUUGAGAAAGUUGAGUCCACAGGGUCUAUUUCAGCACACACACAGAGCACAAUGGGGUGCAAAGUCCUGCUUGGCUUCGGUCACCAGAUGCUGCGACGGAAAGUGGUGGACUGCAGUCGGGAAGAGAGCCAGCUGUCCCGCUGCCUGAACACCUUCGACCUGGUGGCCCUGGGUGUGGGCAGCACACUGGGCGCUGGUGUGUAUGUCCUGGCUGGUGCAGUGGCCCGGGAGGAUGCUGGCCCUGCCAUUGUCUUCUCCUUUCUGAUUGCUGCCUUGGCCUCUGUGCUGGCUGGCCUGUGCUAUGGCGAGUUUGGCGCUCGAGUCCCCAAGACAGGCUCAGCCUACCUCUACAGCUAUGUGACCGUGGGGGAGCUCUGGGCCUUCAUCACUGGCUGGAACUUGAUCCUCUCCUAUGUCAUCGGUACGUCAAGUGUGGCAAGAGCCUGGAGUGCGACCUUUGAUGAGCUCAUAGGUAAAAGCAUUGGAGAGUUCUCCAGAAAGCACAUGGCCCUCAAUGUUCCUGGCGUGCUUGCUAAAAACCCCGACAUAUUUGCUGUGAUUAUAAUUCUCCUCUUAACAGGAGUUUUAACUUUUGGUGUGAAAGAGUCAGCCAUGGUCAACAAAAUAUUCACCUGUAUCAACGUUCUGGUCCUGGGCUUCAUAAUGGUGUCCGGAUUUGUGAAAGGAUGCAUUAAAAACUGGCAACUCACCAAGGACAAUUACUUGAAUAUAACUGGCUGUGAGAUCACCCAGGAGCAUUUCUUGAAUAUAUCUCGCUGUCAGAGCAAUGAUACCAGCGCACUAGGUAAUGGAGGAUUCAUGCCCUUUGGAAUUUCUGGCAUCCUAUCAGGAGCCGCGACCUGUUUCUAUGCCUUCGUGGGAUUUGACUGCAUCGCCACCACAGGUGAAGAAGUCAAGAACCCUCAGAAGGCGAUCCCCGUGGGCAUUGUGGCAUCCCUCCUGAUUUGCUUCAUUGCCUAUUUUGGGGUCUCGGCCGCCCUCACGCUCAUGAUGCCCUAUUUCUGCCUGGAUCCAGACAGCCCAUUGCCUGCUGCCUUCGAGUACAUUCACUGGGAAGCCGCUAAGUACGCAGUGGCUGUGGGCUCCCUCUGUGCACUGUCUGCCAGUCUUCUGGGCUCCAUGUUUCCCAUGCCCCGAGUUAUCUAUGCCAUGGCUGAAGAUGGACUGCUAUUUAAAUCUCUGUCCAAAAUCAAUAGUAGGACCAAAACACCAAUAAUUGCAACAGUAACCUCAGGUGUCAUUGCUGCUGUGAUGGCCUUCCUCUUUGAAUUGAAGGACCUGGUAGACCUCAUGUCCAUUGGCACUCUCCUGGCUUACUCUUUGGUGGCUGCCUGUGUGUUGGUCUUACGGUAUCAGCCAGAGCAGCCUAAUCCAGUAUACCAGAUGGCCAAAACUACAGAUGAACUUGAUCAGAUAGACCAGAACGAGCUGGUGAGCACCAGUGACUCCCAGACAGGCUUUUUACCAGAAGUGGAAAGGUUUUCUCUGAAAGCUAUAUUCUUCCCCAAAAACAAGGAGCCUUCCAAAUUCUCUGGACUAGUCGUGAACAUUUCAGCCAGUCUCAUGGCCAUUCUUAUUGUCAUCUUAUGCAUUGUGACUGUACUUGGGAGAGAGGCACUGGCCAGUGGCAAACUGUGGGCCAUCUUAGUGGUCACAGGAUUCAUCCUCCUCUGCAUCAUAGUCACCGGUGUCAUCUGGAGGCAGCCUGAAAGCAAGACCAAGCUCUCAUUUAAGGUGCCCUUCCUGCCUGUGCUCCCCAUUCUCAGCAUCUUCAUAAAUGUCUAUCUCAUGAUGCAGCUGGACCAACGCACAUGGAUCCAAUUUGCAGUGUGGAUGCUCAUAGGCUUCACUAUCUACUUUGGCUAUGGGUUUUGGCACAGCGAGGAAGCAACCCUGGCUGCUGAUCAAGCAAAGACUCCUGACAACAACUUGAACGAGUGCAAGUGAUGUAUAGCCCUGCCUGCCCACGAGAGGUCACAGCAGCUGCAGGAUUGGCUGCCGAGGACUAGGAAGCAUCUCACACUCUACUUAAGUGGCAGGAACUACUCGUAUCCCCAAAUGUUGCCAAAGGUGCAAUUAAUUGAACUGCAGCCUCCACCAUAGCUUACGUGGCCUGGCCAGACUUGGCCCCGCAGCCAGCUCAUGAGGCUCAGGUCACCUCUGGACAGCUUCCUGGCCAACUUGGCUAUGUGUGGCCUGUGUCUCCUCAUUCCCUCUGAACACAAUGCAGCCCACCUUGGCCAGCUGGGUGCCUUGUUGCUGCAGCCCCAGGCAGAUGGAGACCAUUCCUUUCUCCCUGAGAAACAAGACUCCCUCCUUGCUGCCUUCCUGUUGCAAAUCUGCACACUCCAGACCCUCACACAGCUCCUCCCCCAGUGGUGACAGUCCACAGAUUCAAGAUGAAUACCAACAAGGAGCAUAUCCUAGCCUGGUCCACCCCAGAGCCAUGGCACCACAGUUCACCUGAAGAAGAGGGACAGGCCAUUUUGCCGCUCUUGCUCUCUGAGCUGCUUUCUAAUGGGAUUAUCAGGACUAAGCCUCUCUCCCACACCCCCUCUGAGUGUGACUUUGCUCUCACAUGGCUUGAAAUGGGCACUGGCCCGUGCAAAGCAGGAUCAAGGGCCAGUGUUUCAUCCCAGGCCCCUCGUGGGAGUACAGCAUGAAGUUGGGGCAGGGCUGGCUCUGCUGGCAUUUGUGUGCACAUAAACCAAGGGACAGUUUCCAGGCCUCAAUCCGUUCCUGCUGCUUCUGCCCUGUGUCCCUUUGGGCUCUGUGUGUCCUGAGUAACUGGAACAUGAGACUUAUUUGUGUUAGACAACCUCACGCUGGCAGAGUUCAGAACUCUGUUUCUGUGAGCCUUUACCAUUCACUGUCUUACCCCUGAUUCUCGUGCGUCAGUCUCUUGGGUCUUAAAAGGUUCCCAAGACAGGUGCAAGCACAGUCUGGGGCUACGAUGAUGCUAAGUGGACAGUGUCUCCCUUGAAAUGAAAUUGAACCCUCCUGUUAGCUGCUAUGAAUCACUCCACCAGAUUAACUUUGGGACUUAUUAUCAGCUUGGAAAAUGGCCAAAUAAUUUCUGACCUCAUACCACGAGCUUGUGAUUCAGGGUGUGUGGUCUGCACAAGAGUGUCCUGUAGUCCUCUUACUGUCCCUUAGUCUUAAAUCAGCCAAGGCAAGAUGCUGACCAUGGCCUAGGCCUCAUUCCUCCAUUAGUCCUAGAGCCCAGGGUGUCCCUCUAGGACUUCCUGUGUCCUACACUCUCCCUGGACCACCUGGUGGUCCAGGGAGAGUGUAGGACUGCAUUUUGGGGAUGGGCCUAUGGCCAGCACCAAGACAGGACAAGAGUGCCGAUGGACCUCACUAACAUUUAAAAUGUCAGUUUGGCCAGCAGGUUCCAAGAUGAGUGUGUAGGCAGUUGUUUAGACAGCUCUAGUACGCAAAUGAUGCUUUUGAAACCUACUCCCCCAUUUCUUCCCCAACUAGAUCAAAGCCUGAUAAACUGAUGACAAUUUGUCUGCUCUCCCCCCAGUUCCCCCAAGCUCCAGAGGAGCACCUUGAACAGCAAUGUAAGAAUUAGUGAACUUGGGAGCUAGAGUGUGACUCAGUUGUAGAGCAUUUGCCUAGCAUGGGUUUCAAACCCAGCACCACCAAAAAAGAAAAAAAGUGAACCAUAUGAAAGGCUGGUUUAGGUUAGCCAGUGGCCAAGGACAGGGCAGUCAUGCCAGACCCUAAGCACCUCUGAGUGCUCUUUAUUCUAAAGAUCCCAGAGGAUAUUCCAGAGGGAGUAGCAUCUGAUUCCCCCCCCCCCCAAAAAAAAAACAAACAAAAAACAUGGGUUUCCAAAGAAAGGUAUUUAAAUGUAUGUAGAUUGGUGCUGUAAACUAUUUUGAUGAAUACUAACUUAUUUUGUUUGGGGUUUUGGUUGUCUGUUGUCUUCUUGGAACCUAUUCUCCAUUUGCUAGAUUUCUUUUCACUAUUUUUAACUUAGGAGAAGAGAACUUCAGGGAAUGAGGUGGGGGAUUUUUUUUAACUUUCUCCCCCUUUUUUUUUUCUGGCUGAAAUUAUCUAUUCAAGAUGACACGGAACCAUCUGUUUACAGUUGAUAUUUCAGCUCACAGUCUGCAUCAGUCUGCAAGAGGACAGGUGGGUUGGAACUCAACCCUGCACAUCAAGGAUCGUUGGCAACU